GCGGGCAGGCGGCGCUGCCCGCGGUGGCGGCGCGCCCCGAGGUGGCUCCGCACGGCGUUCCCCCACCCCGCCGCUGCCGCCGAUAAAUCCCAGCGCCGGGGGCAGCGCGGCACUCGGCGCUGCCGCGCUGCGGGGAGGCGGCGGAGCUCGGCCCCUCCCCGCGGCGGAGACCCCCAACGGGAGCCGGAGCCAGGAAAACAAUGAACAGGAAGAAACCUGGAUGGUUUUUUGCCAUUCUGUUGAAUAUCGGAUUAUAAACAACUUUUUAAAAUUGCACAUAGGGCAUCUUUUUCAAAUGGAUAACUUGUGAACCUGGAACUCUUCCUUACCAAUUCCUUGCAUCCUGGAGGGGAAAAUGAAUUUCACAAAUUGCACCACUGAAGCCAAUGUGGCUGCCAAGCCAAAAACAGUAACUGAAAAGAUGCUCGUUACCCUGACCUUGGCCACAAUCACAACCUUGACAAUGCUGCUGAAUUCUGCUGUAAUUGCAGCAAUCUCCACAACCAAGAAGCUCCACCAGCCGGCAAAUUAUCUCAUAUGUUCACUGGCUGUGACAGAUCUCCUCGUUGCUGUUCUCGUCAUGCCCUUGAGCAUCACUUACAUAAUGAUAGAUAAAUGGACUUUGGGGUACUUCAUCUGUGAGAUCUGGCUCAGCGUCGACAUGACGUGCUGCACGUGCUCCAUCCUUCACCUGUGUGUCAUCGCCCUGGACAGGUACUGGGCCAUCACGGACGCUAUCGAGUACGCCCGCAAAAGAACGGCAAAAAGGGCUGGGCUGAUGAUAGCCACCGUGUGGACCAUCUCUGUUUUCAUAUCAAUGCCCCCCUUGUUUUGGAGAAACCACCACAGCAUCAGCAUCCCCAGCGAGUGCCGCAUUCAGCACGACCAUGUCAUCUACACCAUUUAUUCCACAUUCGGGGCGUUUUACAUCCCCUUGACGUUGAUCCUGAUCCUGUACUACAGGAUUUACCACGCUGCAAAGAGCCUUUACCAGAAGCGCGGCUCCAGCCGCCACCUCAGCAACAGGAGCACCGACAGCCAGAACUCUUUUGCCAGCUGCAAGCUCACACAGACGUUCUGCGUCUCGGACUUCUCCACAUCUGACCCAACCACAGAGUUUGAUAAAAUGAACGUGUCCGUGAGGAUCCCUCCUUUUGAGAACGACUUGGACCCGGCUGGCGACCGGCAGCAGAUCUCCACAACACGAGAGCGAAAGGCUGCUCGCAUCUUGGGGCUGAUUUUAGGUGCUUUCAUUUUGUCCUGGCUGCCCUUUUUCAUCAAGGAACUGCUUGUGGGCCUCCACAUUUGCACUGUCUCUCCAGAAGUAGCAGACUUCUUGACCUGGCUUGGGUAUGUCAACUCGCUCAUCAACCCUCUGCUGUACACCAGCUUUAACGAGGAUUUCAAGCUGGCCUUUCGAAAGCUCAUCAGGUGCCGAGAGCAUACUUAAAAGUACUGAGAGGUGAUGAUGCUGGCAUGACUCCUGGCCUUAAAAAUGAGCAAAAUUAUUUGACUCUGCCACCGUUUUCCCUUGAUAAAGGGGAUUUUUGUGUUUGCCUAUUUGCUUGACUGUUCUUCAGCCUGCAAUUCAUUAUGCCAUUUUUUAAUCUCUAGUGUUACUCAUGGUAAAGGGUUUGAAAUAAAUUUAUUCUACAAAGGAAAAGAUUUUUUAGAAACAAAACAACAAAAAAAACCAUUAUUAGUAUUAGGUACUCAUGUCUAAGACAUUUUGUGUAAUCAAUGAUUCAAGAAGCAAACAACAAUAUUAACUUUUAUACUUUUUCCAUUUAAGAAUCAAACAUCUAAAUUAUGUACUGUAUAAACUGAACCCCAUAAAUACAUAUACAAAAAUUAAUAAACACUUCAUGGUCAUGACAGCUAAAGAGCACCUCUUUACUGUGGCAUUCUGAGAAAACUGUAACAGCCAUUUAGGAGGAAAAUCAGGAAAAUCACCACCAUUUCCACCUUGGGUUGAGGCAGAAUAAACUAUUCCUUUCUUCAGGAAUACACUCCCAAAACAGAAAGGCAAGUUCAGUUCAUUAUAUCUAGAAAUGAUCCCAUUUUGUAACACAGAGGAAUUAUUUAAGUGGAUCUCCUUGUGCAAUAUUCCAGAUUUACAUUCAAGGUGUUGGGCAGGCACCUGUGCAAGUCGUUUGGCAAUUGAAGGGUGCAGCUAAUAAGUGUCAUACCUGUGAAACUAACUGCACAUCCAAGUGGUCACAUUUUCAAUACCUCUAACCCUAUUUCUUCAGGCCUUGUGCCUUAGUCAGCUCUGAGGUUGUAUUAUUCACUUUUGCCACACUUUACCCUAAUCUUGUGGUGCACAACCCCAAGGAUCAAUGGAUCUUACCCCCAUCAAUUUAGACAAAAGGAUAUCUUCUCAGCAGGCCAAAAACAUACAAAAAUUCAAAAACAUCAGCUAAAACCUAAUUAUUUCUGAAUAUCAGAAAAAAAAAUCAGUAAAAUUAUUUCUUUUAAACAACAGUCUGCACAUAUGCCUUGUUGUCAUCUCACAAUUUUCAAUGGCAAUCUUGCCCACUUAACCUGUGGUCAGGUGCUCUGGAAGGAUUUCUUGCUCUGGUGUCCCUCACAGACCCACUUCCCCUGUCCUGAGAGACAGAGUCCUUUGUAUCCCAUCUUUUGUGUUUAUGAAAGUUAAAAUUUUCUGGUUCAAAUAUUGCGGAAAUCAGUCUGGGAAUGGGACAAAUCAAAGCUGAGAAUUUGGUAUUGUCCAUUAGCAACUUCUUAGCACCAUUUAAAUAUUUAUUACUCGCCUUGCACCCUAAUUUUCUUCCCUGUCCAUUUUUCUGGACAAAUUCUUUUUGAAUUACACUGAUACACAACAGAGGAAAUACCACAUAUGUCAACCUGACGUGCAAUAACAGUGAAAACUGUAGUAUGGCAGCUCCAAAUCCAUCAAAACAAAUACUAGAGGUAGCAAAAGUGUGGUAACAGCACUGGAAGCCAUCUCUUAAAAAUGUUUUUAAAAUUUACAAGAUGACAAUCAUUUUUCUUAUCAAGAAUCAAGGAAGUGUAAGUAAUGUGUGAGUAAUAAACUGCAAAUGGAACUGAGAAAUGACAUCCUUAUUGGUGAGAGGAAGCAUUUGGCUGGAAAGAUGCAGUGCCACAAGCUGAGCAUAAACCAAGUCUGAAGGUGACAAAAGUGUGACCUGGGGCUUACCCACAUGCAGUGGGAUUCUUCUUUCAGGAUUCCCUGCCUGAGUUUGGUUCAUCUCCAGCUGCCCUUCUGAAGCUACUGUUGCAGUUGCCUCCUCCAGGUGCCUUUGGGUUUCCUACUAGCAAACAUUAAUACUUAAAAAGAGAGGAAAAUUAUCUCAGCCACUGAAAAUUUCUUUUUAGUGAGGAAACACAGACAUCCAUUAUGGUUUUUCCUUUUUGCAGCUUGUUGGAGGUGGAAAUUUUUGAUUUAAAUCAGGGAAAUGUGUCCUGACCUUGCCUAUCAAUACAGGUUCCAAAGCAGCUCCCUAGAGUACAUAUGCUAUUAAGGGAAAAAA